AUGAAGGUGACGUUUAAGGAUCUCAAACAGCAGAAGUUCGUGCUCGAUGUCGAGCCGACCGACCUUCCGACAACCGCAUUUACCACGGCAUUCACCACCAUUUCUGCUGUCAAGCAAAGGAUUUCCGAACAGCGGGGCUGGGACCCCAAGCUCCAAAAGCUCAUUUAUAGCGGCAAAAUUCUCAAGGAUGAAGACACCGUUGAGACAUACAAGAUUGAAGAGAAGGGUUUUGUCGUUUGCGUGGUGAACAAGCCCAAGGAGCCGAAGCCUGCGCCAGCUCCCGAGGCUUCAUCAUCCGCAGUCCCCGCUACCCCCGCUCCGGCGCAAAGUUCUACUCCAGCUCCCCCGGCCGCACCUGCGCAUACUUCCGGUGCCGCUGCAGCCGCGCCCGCUACACCAACCCCGAACCGGGCUGCCGCCCCCGAGGCGGCUCCCAGCGACCCCAAUGCUCUGGCCACGGGCCAGCAGCGUGCUGAGGCUAUUGCCAACAUGGAGGCCAUGGGCUUCGAGCGGGCGCAAAUCGAUGCUGCUAUGCGCGCUGCGUUCUACAACCCCGACCGCGCCGUGGAGUACCUUUUGACCGGCAUUCCUGACCACCUCCAACAACCCGCCGCUGCAGCUCGUCAGGAUGCCCCAGCUGCCGCCUCCCCCGCACCGGCAGCACCAGCUGGUGCUGGCGGCGAUGACGAUGGCAACGUAAAUCUGUUCGAUCUUGCUGCCCAACAAGGCCGUGGUGGCUCUGGCACACGCGGUGCUAGUGGAGCUGGCGCGGGUGCCGCUGCCGGUGCGGGCGCCGCUGCUGCCGCUGCCGCCGCCGCCGCCGCCGGUGGUCAGGGUCUGGGUAACCUCGAAUGGCUCCGUGCCAACGCACAGUUCCAGCAGCUUCGUCAAGUGGUUCAACAGCAACCCCAAAUGCUGGAGCCCAUUCUUCAGCAGCUUGGUGCCGGCAACCCCCAGCUUGCCCAGCUGAUCGCUCAGAACCCCGAUCAGUUUCUCUCCCUCCUUAGCGAGUCGGGUGGUGAUGACGACGCGCCGCUCCCCCCUGGGGCCCACCAGAUCUCUGUGACGGAGGAAGAACGCGACGCCAUCGAGAGGCUUACUCGUCUGGGUUUCACACAAGACCAGGCGAUUCAGGCCUACUUUGCUUGCGAUAAGAACGAAGAGCUGGCAGCGAAUUUCCUCUUUGAUCAACCCGAUGACGACGAGGAUGUUAACAUGCCUUGAAUUUUUCUAUCAUCAUUUCGGAGUUCUGGGCGGAAAGGUUGUGAUUCCCGGCCUUUGCGGCUUGUCGUGGAGAUCUGGAUGCGAUAUGGGAAUUUGGGCUAGACGUUCUAGCUAGGGUUCGGUUCUCAUGGCGAGAUGAGUCGGGAAUCGGUUGGCAUGAGAAUAUGGAAACGGGGCUUCGUUGGCGAUGGCUACGAAACGAUACACCAUUUACGUCGCCCUACACAAGCAUAUGGCGGCAGUUGCUAAAUCGAUGGAUGGCUGCCGCAGGCUUGAGCCAUCAUACUGAAUGGGGAUAAUAACGCCCGGUUCGCAAUGUAGGGGAGGGAUGGAGCCGGUGAAGUGACGCCACGGGUGUGGCAGGGAUGGCUCGCAAAUUACAGGACUUGUAUCUAGGAAUCAAUCGAUGAAUUUUGAGCC